AUGGAAAAUAUGGAAGUUCAGGAAGCCAAAAGGAAUACAAGCGUGGAAUUCAUGGGAAACACUGAUGCACAUAUACACAAUAUACACAUACUGAUGAGCUUUGACUUCGGCUUCGGCAUCAAUGUCGAUACUUCAUUGAAAUUAUUUAUACAGGACUUUUCAUUCAUCUAUUUAUAUAUGACUCCAUUUUUUUUCUUCUUUCCAGGAUAUCCAAUGAUAUUUGGCACUCUUGUUGCUCUCGUGGCUUACCAGUCCUUCUAUCCUAUAUGCCUGAUGGUGCCUGGAAUACUCUUCUUCAUGCAGAAUGACAGUCACAAUCUGAAGGCAGCCUUGUUGAAGCCUCUCCUGUCAUUUUUGGUGUCUCUGGGGCUGUUGAUGGUGAUUUCUGCAGAGAUUGCAGGAGGGUGGGAGUUCCUCGAAGCUACAUAUGGGUUCAUCCUGGCAGCACCAGACCUCACGCCAAACAUCGGACUCUUCUGGUACUUCUUCACCGAGAUGUUUGAACACUUCCGGCUUUUCUUCCUGGCGACCUUCCAGAUCAACGCCUUUGUCUACGUACUGCCCUUAGCAAUACGGUUAAGGAAGGACCCUGUGCUCCUGGCUACUGCUCUGCUAGCAUUCACGGCUGUCUUCAGGAGUUACCCAGCUUUGGGGGAUGUGGGUAUAUACCUCUCCCUCCUGCCCAUGUGGAAGCACUUGUACCCUUUUAUGCGUCAGACAUUCAUCGUUGGCUGUAUGUUUGUUGCCACUUCUGUCUUAGGCCCCAUCAUGUAUAACCUCUGGAUCUUCAGCGGUUCAGCAAAUGCAAAUUUCUACUUUGCCGUCACUUUAGCUUUCAAUACCGCACAGAUAUUCCUGGUGACAGACCUGCUGUUUGCCCAUGUCAAGAGAGAGUACCACCUCAUACAUGGCUCAAAGAUGGAGGUGGACGAGGUUCCAGCCAGGCUUAUUCUACAGUAAAAUCUUCCCCUCAAUGCUUUUACUUUUGUAUUUCACGACAUAAUCUUCAAUAUUUUGCUAUUGAUGACCAAUCCUUUUUUUUAUAAAGAUGAGUUGUGUGUUGCAUGGACCUCAUAGCAUUCAUUUGACCAUCUCUCAUGGUUGGCGGAUUGCAAGAUCAGUCGCAAGAUAUUCACUCACAAAUGAAGAACACUUUUCCAUUCACAUAGAUAACGAUCAUUGUACAUAUGCAUCUUUCUAUAGACUGUGUCUGAAGUUGGCUUUGUAAGGAAGAAAAUGACUUGUAUGGUGCCAUUGAUUGAUCUAGUUACUUGUACAGUCGUCAUGGCGUGAUGUAUUGUUCUUUUUCCCCAUACACAAGACAAUGGUAGAAGACACUUUAUUGGGCACAGAUCUUAUAAAAUUAGUCUUUCUGGGAACAAUGAUCAGAAAUCAUAUGUUGAAUAUAUUGAUGGUUGAUACUGUCCCUACAAAUGUCUUCAUACUUUUGCAAGUGAAUAGGAAUGAGAACAUUACCAGAUUUUUACAUUGUCAUAGUUGAAAGAGCUGGUCAGUAUACCGAGCACAAAACCAAAUAUAGCAGUUCUCCCGACUUCCUUCUUUUAGUCAAAUUUCAUUGGAUGGAGACAGUAUACCUCCUAAGCUAUUCUCUUUUCACAGUGUGUUUUAUGGGUAGUCGUGUGAGUGAAUUUCAAGUUCAAAUACUCUGAUAUAUUAUACUUUCGUUCAGUUUUAAGAGAUAGGUAGGUGGGUUUCCAGUCAUAAUUUCCAUUUAUAUGUAUAUAUGCAUAUAUAUUUGAUGAUAAGAAUGUUUUAAAUGAGAAUUCUCACUUACUUGUUAAUAAAGGUAUUGUUAAAUCAAUGAUAUCAAAAUGUAUCUACAAAUUAUGAACAUUUCCCAUGUGUUUGGAGUUACAGAGAGAAGUCCAAAGAAAGACACGAUUGAACCUGUAUUGUGGUUGCAAGUUUUCUCUUUCUCCUUUCUUUCCUGUUUCUUUUUUCUUUUCUUUUUCACUCCUUUAAGUACAUUUCAAACAGUAGCUUUACUCCACUGCAGACACGGCUCUAAAAUUAGGGCUCCUGAGGAUGGAGUUACUCCCUGGUUUAAUUUAUUGGUAUGGAUUUAUAUCAUUGGUGUGAUAAUUUGGGGAUUUAUAUCCUAGGUGUGAUAAUUUGGUUGUAAAUUUUUGUCAUGAUCCAAUUAGGCUAAAUAAACAAAAAAUGUUGAGCUUUCCACUAACAUGGCAAAGUAAAUUGAAUGAAUUAUAUUUAUAUGUUACUCUUCUUCCCACUCCUGUGUAUUUUUGUCUUCCUGUUAUUCUCCUUUUUUCUCCUUUACAUCCUCCUCUCGUCUCCUCGUUCUUUUCUUUGUAUUUUCCCAGGGUUUUGGUUUCAUGAGAAUAUCAUGAGAAUUCAGCAAAAUAAUUUUCUGUCUUAGGUAACAUUUAAUGCCUUAAGAAAAAAAGAAAAAACUAAAACAAUAUAUUUUGUCAAAAUUUAUGUUCUUUAUGCCAAAUCUUUUUCAAAGUUAAAAAGAAAAAUGUCAAAAUUUUGUGGUUUCUUUGGGUUAGGAAGAUCUCAGUAUUUUGUUUAAAUUUGGCUUUCCAGCUGGCAUGAAAAAAAGAAAAGAAGAAAAAAAAAGAAAAAAAGAAAAUCAACUUUCUAGUUUACCUUAUGAAGAGAUAUGUACUCUUGAAAUAAAGAGUAAAGUAAUUUCAUAGUAGUAGUCUCAAUUAAUUUAUAUUUUAUCGAGUUAUUACUAUGAAUAUUUUAUCUAUCUUCCAUCAUUUUUUGUGAAUGGUUAAGAUUUCUGCAUACCUCAAAAUGCGGUGAUUAUGCAUAAGUAAUACAUUCCAUUGCCUAUAAAUAAAAUAAAAUCCUUUACAUAAAAAUUUAAUAAAAGAAAGAAAAAAAAAUACAGAUAAAAGAGUGUUGGUAGGUUCUUCAUUAUUACUGAAGUUUCUAUUAAUGUUUGCUGUAGAUUUCUAGUCAUGAUAGGGUUGAAUGAAAUGAUAGUACCAGUAUUAUUUGUGUACUUUGAUAACAUUGAAUGGGAGUAGGGUUGAAAAUUACUGGCAUUAAUCAACUAUUUGACAUAAAUUGAUAAUAUAGUUAGGUAAUGCCAUUAAAAGGCUUGAAAAAAGGAAGAGGGACUGAUAAAUUGUCUUGUUCCAAGACGAGAGAGAGAGAAGAAAAAAAAAAAAAUUCUGUUGAUAUUUCACUUUAUCCCCGACAGAUUUUUAUGAAUGAAAGUAGCUUGUAGUAUUCAGAUACCACAUUCAUUCUUAAAAGGAGAGAUAUAUCAGUGGGUUUUAGUUGCAAAGAAGGUCACAAGUGUUCUUUGUAGUACACUAUUGUUAGGUCAAUUUCCUUACCUUUUAACAUUAUUUUGUGCCUGCAUAUGUAAAGGUAUGUUUUAAAUGUUAAAAGUUAUUUUUGAAUCUGUGUUUAUAUAAAAAAAAAUUGAAACUUU